AUGACUCCUCCAAUCAACAUUUAUAUUAUUCUCUUUUCAACUUUUUUAAUAUUUCAACUAAUUAACGGCAAUCAAGAGCAAUGUAUUGGAAUUGGAGGUCCAUGUGAUUACGACAACGAUUGUUGUGGUGAUAGAAAUAUAGGAUGUGUUGGCGCUUGGGAACCUACAAAAAAGAAAGGAAUUUGUAAGAAAACUUGUGAUUUAGUAGGAGCACAUUGUACUUCAAGUACGAGUUGUUGCAACUAUUGUACUAACAACAAAUGUUCGUACGUCUCAGAUAUGCCUGGAUGA